GGGAUCUGAAGAACCAAAUAACUACUGCUCAGUUAAACAGCAGGCAGUCUCUGUAGCAGGGCAUAUAGAGACUGAGAUGAAACGUCAGUGCCCUAAACCCAAACUGCCACAAGGGCUAAUCGGAAUGAAAUGUACUGCCCAUAUCUGCAUUGAUGAAAUUCAAGUGAACUGCCUUUUAGAUACUGGUUCCCAGGUGACCACAAUUCCUUUAUCUUUUUACAAAAAGUACCUGUCUCAUCACCCUUUGCAAUCUCUGGAGUCUCUGCUGGAAGUGGAAGGGGCAAAUGGACAAUCUGUGCCUUACCUGGGGUAUGUGGACGUAGCUCUAAAGUUUCCUAAGGAGUUCUUAGGAACAGAUGCUGAGGUUACCACAUUGGCACUGGUGGUCCCAGAUUUGAUAAAUGUUCCACAAGUCCUCAUUGGCACAAAUACCCUCGAUGCACUUUACUCCAACUAUGUGCAAAAUGAGACUGUAAGCCCCAGUCCAAGUUAUCAUGGGUAUGCUGCAGUGCUGAAGACACUCGAUGUGAGACAUAAACAGUCAUGUGCUGAAACCUUUGGAUGUGUGACAUUAAAAGGGACUGUCCCUGAAACUGUGUUGGCAGGGCAUACUGCUGUUCUGGAUGGGGUUGUUUGCCUGAAAUGCCUUCCAGCAGAAAAACUUACUGUUAUCAGUCAUCCCACAAUGUCUCCUCUUCCAGGGGGGUUAUUAGUUGCUAGUGGAUUGCACACCUUACCUGGGAAGCGUUUCUUCUCCUUGCCUGUGGUGGUCAAGAAUGAAACUCAGUCUGAUAUUGUCAUCCCGCCCAAGAUUGUGAUUUCGGAGUUACAUGCUGUCCAACAGGUAAUGGACAAGCCAUUAGCAAGAGAUGUUUCUAAAACACCAGAAAAGUCUAAAGGCCUCCAGAUACCUUUUGAUUUUGGAGACUCCCCUUUGCCCUCUGAGUGGAAAGAACGAAUAUCGGCCUUGUUAAAUUCUAUGCCCGAGGUUUUUGCUCUAAAUGACAUGGAUUACGGGCACUCUGAUAAGGUGAAGCAUCGAAUCAAACUGAGAGAUGAGACUCCUUUUAAGCAAAGAGCUCGACCCAUCCAUCCACAAGACAUUAGUGCUGUCAGGAAGCAUCUAGAGGAGUUGUUAGCAGCUGGGAUAAUUCGGGAGUCAGAAUCCCCAUUCGCAUCCCCCAUUGUAGUAGUCAGAAAAAAAGACUACUCAGUGCGGCUAUGUAUUGAUUUUAGAAAGCUUAACUCUCAGACCAUCCGUGACGCAUACGCUCUCCCAAACCUAGAAGAAGUG